AUGCCCCUGCGCUCAGCCCCAGAAGGUCCCGGAUGUGCCGUUUGCCCACCUCCAUCUUGGAAGGCCCGCACAGCCGAGCUUUCGUCUGAAGGGGGCCGCGGGACCUCAGCAGGAGGAGGAGUCCCAGGCCAGUGGUCAGGUGAGGCUUCUGCGGAAGGGCUGGGGAACCUUCCACGGCACAGAGAGGAGCCCCUGCCCCGCCUGUCCGUGCUUAGGUCCCGGAGGGCCCAGGCAGGGCCGUCGGCUUCCUUGUCCAGGGUGUCAGGGGCCGGGAACCUCGGCCUGAGGGACGCAGCCUCGCGUGAGCGGAAGGGAGAAGGUUCGGAACACAAAAGAGGACUUGGAGGAGGGCUGAGGGUCCCCCUCAGGCCCAUGGGAUUCCAGCGCCUACAGUCCUGGUCACACUUGUACCUGCUGCUUCUGACCAGAGUCAUCAUGUUUCAUUCUCCAGAGCAUCCAUGCCUCAGCCUUGAGGAAGACUUUCAAGCCCUGAUGGAGGUUGAGGACUUGCUGGGUGCACAGGUUCCCACAGCUGAGGAGGAGGAGGAGACUUCCUCUGUUUCCUCCUCUUCUUUCAGGUUUUCCUUCCCCUCCACCUCCUCCGGCUCUUCCUCUCCUCUGUUUCUGGGCACACUGGAGGAGGAGGAGGUGUCUGAUGCUAGGAUAUUGAGUAUUCCCCAAAGUCCACCCCAAAGGCCUCAGAGCUCCUGCCCCUCCUCCAUUUCAUGUAGCGCAUCAGAUGAAGACUCCAGCAGUCUAGGAGAGGGAGAUACAAGUGCCUGGCAGGUCCAGCCAGACACUGAAUUCUUGCUCAGAUAUGAGUUAGAUGAGAAUGUAGCUGAGUUGAUAAAGUUUCUGCUCCUCAAAUAUCAAGCAAAGGAGCCCAUCACAAAGGCAGAAAUGCUGAAUACUGUCAUUAACGAGUACGAGGACCACUUUCCUAUGAUCUUCAGGAAAGCCCGUGAUUUCAUAGAGCUUGUUUAUGGCAUUUCUAUGACAGAAGUGGACCCCAGCAACCACUCCUAUGUCUUUGCCAACACGCUAAAGCUCACGUAUGACGGAGUGCUGAGCAAUGACCAGGGCAUGCCCAAGACCAGCCUCCUGAUACUUACCCUGAGCGUGAUCUUCGUUAGGGGCAACUGCGCCCCUGAGGAGGACAUCUGGGAAGUGCUGAGUAGUUUAGGGGUGUAUGCUGGGAGGGAGCACUUCAUUUAUGGCGAACCCAGGAAGCUCAUCACCACAGAUUUUGUUCAAGAAGAAUUUCUAGAGUACCGGCAGGUGCCCAACAGUGAUCCUGCACGCUACGAAUUCCUGUGGGGUCCAAGGGCCUACACUGAAAUCAGCAAGAGGAAAGUGCUGGAGUUCUUGGCCAAGCUAAAUAGUGUCGUCCCUAGUUCCUUUCCAAGCUGGUACAAGGAUACUUUGGCAGAUGUGGAAGAGAGAGCCCAUGCCAUCAUUGAUGCUGCAGAUGCUGCCUCUGCCAUGGCCAGUGCAAGCUCCAUUGUCACGUCCAGCAGCUUCUCCCACCCUGAGUGA